UGAAGCCUGGUUCCCUCUGAAGCUGAUGUUGUGGUUCAGUGACCCUCCAGGGUUAAAUAGGAAACGAACACAGUGUUUAAGGAGUCUGAGGAUAAAACUACUGUGUUCUCCUCAGCUGGAGUUCAUCACUACAGGCUGAACAAUGACUCCCUGACAGAGCUUCCAUGGCUUCCCGUCCAACAAUAAUCCCAAUCCGCUCUCUCAACAAUGACCUGUGGAAAGCCUCGAGCACUGACUGAAGAAUGGCGAGGUUUAGGCGCAAAUCCUGCAUCACAUUAGUUGUUUUGGUGUUGCUCGUGCUCAUAGUAACGGUGGUCUUGAAGACACUGACACCAGAGGACUCUCCGUUUAGCAGCCCCGUCGGUGUGGAGCUGUUCUCGGACAGAAAGAGUCCCAAUCGGAUCCAAAAAGAAAACAACAAUAAGCCUGACCAGGCCAAAAUGAGUGACAGUCAGUCAGACAAAUGGGAAGCUGCACUGAGGAGGUUCCCUCCUCCAAACUACAAUCUUCAUGCUUUCUACUACGCGUGGUAUGGGAACCCCAGGUUUGAUGGCAAAUACAUCCACUGGGACCAUCCGCAGCUGCCACACUGGGACUCAAAGGUGGCUCACGGGUAUCCACAAGGGAGACACGUCCCACCUGAUGACAUCGGGGCCAACUUCUACCCCUCUCUAGGGGCUUACAGUUCCAGGGAUCCCUCCAUCAUAGAGUCUCAUAUGCAGCAGCUGCGCACAGCAGCCAUUGGUGUCCUUGCCGUUUCAUGGUACCCUCCUAAUAUGAAGGAUGAUAAUGGUGAGCCAAUGGAUGACAUUGUUCCUUUGCUGUUGGAAGUGGCACAUAAAUACCAUAUUAAGGUGGCGUUUCACAUUGAACCGUACAAAGACAGAGAUGAAGUCAACAUGUUUGCUAAUGUCAAAUACAUCAUUGAGAAAUACGGGGAGCACCCUGCUUUCUUCAAGCACAGGACAAACACUGGCAAGCUUCUCCCGCUCUUCUAUGUGUAUGACUCAUAUCUGAUGAACUCGGAGCAGUGGGCCAAACUGCUAAAGCACACAGAGAGUAACAGCAUCAGGAAUACCCCGUAUGACGCCAUCUUCAUCGCCCUGCUGGUUGAGGAGAAACAUAAGAGGGAUAUCCUGACUGCCGGUUUUGAUGGUGUCUACACCUACUUUGCUACUAAUGGGUUUUCCUAUGGGUCCACCCAGCGGAACUGGGACUCCUUUAAAGCUUUCUGUGAAGAUAACAACCUGAUAUUCAUCCCUAGUGUGGGACCCGGGUACAUUGACACGAGCAUUCGACCCUGGAACUUCCAAAACACUCGAAACCGCAUCAACGGAAAAUACUACGAGACCUCGCUGAGUGCUGCGUUACAAGCCAGGCCUGAUUUUAUCUCUAUAACAUCAUUUAAUGAAUGGCACGAGGGAUCUCAGAUCGAAAUGGCAAUUCCCAAAACAGGCCAGACUGUGUAUCUGGACUACCUGCCCAAUAAACCUUCAAUCUACCUGGAGAUAACUCGCAAAUGGGCUGCCAUAUUUGGGGGCGAGCGGCGAAAAUGGCAGGAUUGAUCUGACUUAGAGCUGUAGCAAAUAAUUAUUCACGGUUGUAUAAAAUGAUUACAUGAAAACUGCUGCACAACAAAAUGCAAAUGAUGAAUAAUUUUCUGAGAACAGCCAAGUGACUUUUAAUACUAAGGGCAAGUGAACUAAAUUAUUGGCUGCAAUGAUGUAUGUGAUUUUUUACACUUGGGUAAAUUAUUGUUAAUUUAACUGAUGUCUUAUUACUAAUGUCUACACAGCCUUUCACAUCUUGGGAUUCGUAACUUAAUCCGCAUGUUUUAUCACCGACUAUCUAGCUAAAACUGUUCAUAGGCUUGUUUUGCCGUGCUCCAAACCUGUGCCUAUAUUUAACCUGUGCCUAUAGAAGGAAAUAAAGUGCACCUUGGAAAGGAAGAAAGUAAACAAAGAAGUCUGCUGGUAUAAAGCUGUCGCCUCAAUCUUCUUCCAUCUCUGCCUUGGCCCUAAAACAAUACAAGAAAAAGCACAAAAUAGAUCUUGAUAUUAGAAAAGGUGAACCUAUAAUCUGAGAUGAAUCAUUGUGAUGAGAACAUC